CACUAAAUGAAAAAAAAUACCUACGGGACUUGCAUUAUACGGAGUCAGGCCUGCAAAGGAAGAAGACGACGAUGCUUUGCAGGGGCGCGGUACUGAUAACACCUUAACUAUUCCGGCGAAGGGGGAGCGCCUGCACCGGCUCGCCCUCCCCUAGUUCUGCCACUGCCUUCACCACAACGACAGGACAACAAAACGAGAGAUGGAAAUAACUUCUCGACGGCUAAGAAUUCGACGAUGUCCACGUACAAACGGCGGCCGGCUGACCUGCGUUUGGGACAUCGCUCAGGUAUUGGUGUUUGUGGUAUCUUCGCGUCUCGGGACCAGAAAAGAGCUCGCAGCAAUCACCAUCAAGCGGCGACAAGACCAAAUCUCACAAAGGGACCCCAAUCACGAGUUACAUCAGCAACCAAUCGUGGGCUACUCCGAAGGCAAGGUUCCUGCUGGUUCAAUUCACUAACAGUAGCUAAUGGGCAGAAUAGGCGUGGCAAAUAUUGCAGUAUCGGGCAGCAAACUCGAUGUAAUAAUCGGCGGACAGACUUUCAUGGGUAUGGCCAUCCUGAUUCCAAAAACCCUCAAUCAGAUUUUGAGAUUAUCUUCGAAAGCAAGACUUUUCAUUUCAUAGUUUUUAAUGGGAACUCUGUUUGCAUUUCUGAAUCAAAGAACAAUAUAUCUUCUGCUAUUUAUCUUGAUCUUGAGAGAAUUACUUGGUUGAAUGACUCCAUUCCAAAGCUACUUUAUGAUAAUUGGGCUGUAUCUAAGAUUGAAUUGCAGAAUUCCAUUUUAAUUCUUCACGACAGCAAUUUUUUUGGCGGGUCUUUCCGAAUCAUCGAGAAGGGUUGUGAUUCGUUAUUUAUACCAGAAGGUUGGAAUGGGAAUAAAAAAAAUUCUGUCAGGAGUUAUAAGAGCAAAAAAUUUGAUGAAGGAACUUCAGGUCAAGGAGCCGCCUUUUCCAAGUCACGGUUCUGAAUUUAUGGAUCUUAUUCCUUGGUUGGGUGAGGAUUGCUACAACCAAAAUGAUGUCUCUAUUUCAGGAACUUUAUUUCAUGUCGAUAUAGCCCUUUCUUCCUCCAUUGAGAAGCCUUCGAAUUUGAAUUCAGUCAAAGAUCAUAGUUGCUCUGCGACUCUACCGGAUUAUACAAUCAUCAAUGAGCUCUUUCAGGCUACUAUGGCUACUGGGGUAGAAUCACUCUCACAUUUUCUUCUUAAAGAGUUUGAACGAAUUGUUGUCUCGUGUUUGGAUAAACGAGACUCAUUGGAUAAGAAUUUGACAGAGACAACCACUCACGAGGUAAACUUAUUGACAGAUGUUGCUACAGAUAAUCAGUGCUAUGUAGGGAUUGCUGGUGAUGAUGAUAUUUUUACUGAAAACACUUUAUCAUACUCGGGAGAUGAAUUCCUUGGUCAUGCUUCAGAAAGUGAGAAGAGAACUCCCAUUUUUGCCAUUGAGGAUCUAUGGGAUUCUGAUACUAAUGAGGACAUUUGCAACAAGGCUAGCCUGGUCACGAGGGAAAAUUGUUUGCCUACACAGAACCUCAACACUCAAAUGAAAAUGUAUCGCAAAAAGUAUCAGCGAUCACAUCCCAUGAGAACGAGAUCUCAAUCUCAAGCGGAGUUCUAAUGACUUCUCGGAAUUAAUCAUUUAUAGGGAGAUUUCAUUCAUUGCAAUUAGGGUUGGUCUAUUAAUUGUAUUUUUUUUUUCUCUCUUUUUUUCUAUGCCUCUUUUUUUUCCCUUCUUUCUUCAUUUGUACUCUUCUUUUGUUUUUAACUUCAAUAAAACACUUCCUUUGCGCA